AGCACGACCGCUCGCUGGUUUGGUUGGUCACGUGACUCGAAAUUGACAUCUCAAAAUGGCCGCGCACAUAGGCCGACUCGUGCGUAUCGGCUGUCAUCAGAAAAUCUUAAGCUGUCAGGUGACUUCAAGAUGUUCGCCUGUGCCCGCCAUAUCCCAGUGUGCACCAGCAGUGUGUCUGCUACAGGUGCGCUACCCAUCCAGCAAACACUUCAACCCAAAGUUUCGGAAACUCCGGAGGAAGAAGAUUAUGAAGAUUGACCUGCCAGACUACGGGAAAGUGAUGAAAGAUCAGGACAUGUCGGCCGAUGAGAAGCACAAGCAAAUGAAGAAAGAUAAAAUCCCCCCUCCCCGAAUAUUUCAAGAGAGACCCAUCAAUAUCAGCUGCACAUCUGCCAUCUUUGAGCCCUUCGUCCCCCCUGAAGGAGAUGGCAAAUCUUCCCUCCUCUCAACCGAGGGAGUGAAGCAGAAGUAUACCGAGUUUGAGAAGAAAGGGAAGUCAUUUAUGGCCCUCCGGAAAGUGCGCCAGUUCGAGGAUGAUUUUGAUAUAAAAGACUUUGCACUGCAGGCUCAGGACAUUGUGAUGGAGGCUCAGAAGUGUUUAGAGGAUAUACGAGGCAACAGAAAUCGUCUGCACGAGCUUGUCUCAGAGAAAGCUUUUGUGGAGAUGGUGUUUGGUUUGGAGAAAAAGACAUUUCACUGGAAGUUUGUGGAGUCAAUCGAGCCACCUCGUGUUACUCAUGUGCGGACUACAGAGGUGCUGGGGAAGGACAACCUGUACGCCCAGGUGACCGUCAGGAUCCACACCAAACAGAUCCUUGCUAUCUAUGACCGGUUUGGUCGUCUGAUGUAUGGCAGUGAGACUAUACCCAAAGACUGUUUGGAGUAUGUGGUGUUUGAGAAGCACAUCGCUAACGUGUACGGACAAUGGCGAGUUCAUGGCAAGAUUAUUCCCGACUGGAUGCCCCCUCGGGAGCCGCUGAUAAAGACAUAUCGUGUUGCCACGUUCGAACCUCUGGAGGAGCUGGAGGAAGACUCCAGCUCGACCAGUGUUGAGAAGCAGGGCGAAGACACUUCUGUGCAGACUGCUGCAUGAGACUGACAGCCAUUGAGCUGCAAGAAGGUUGAGUAUGACUAGGAAUGCUGUCUGUCAUGGUCUACCCUUGUUCUACAUUCUGUCACAGAACUAGCAAGACAUCGGCCAUCAGGGACACUGUCUAAUGUAGACAGACAUUAAUACUGAUAAGGCAGUCAACUCAUCAACUCAUCGAAGAAGAUUAUUAUGUUUUCAUUGUCAGGUGUCAUACUGGCCAUUGGGGAGUAUUGUUCACAAGCCUCAAUCUAAGAAGUAUGCACAUCAGUGUACAGUCAGACAUUGCGGCAAUGGUUGGAUUGUGUCACUGACACCAUGGUGCUCCUUGAUGAGGAGUAUUGAUGCCCUUAGACUCUCUAGGCCGGAGGCUGAUGUUUCUGGAUCUACUGCCCAUGGUUAUGUAUUUCCUGAAGACAGACGAGGGUGUAUGUUCCUAUAUCAUAUAUACACAGUGGUUUGCUUCAUCUGUGUACUCCUGUGCGUUGAGAGUUUGUGUGAAAGUUUGGAAUAAAGCUGACUAGUAAUUUGUAAA